UUAUUUCCGUUUGAAACCCCGCUACGGAACGGCCACAAAUACCGUCCGUAGCGACCAUCGCGGCACGGCUAAACAGUGGGCGUGUGUGUGUGUGUGUGUUGUGUUCGUAGUACAGGAAGAACCAUCCCAUUCAUACGCGAUUAGUGAGUUUCGAAGGUUCAAGUUAGUUACAGUUUCGUGUUGCUGAAAAUUGUGCAGUUGUGCAAUCACGUGCACCCUUAAAUCAAGCAGGCUCUGGCGAUCAAACAGCUCAAAACGAGGCAAACCAGGAAUAGAACGGAGCAGCAGCAGCGGCAGCAGCAGCAGAUCAACCAAUUUACCGUCCACGCCGGUGCCGGAAUUUCGUCAAUAGAACGCCACCGUUUGGUGCUGUUCCGGCCAGUGUCUGGUGCUGAAGGGCGGCGGUGUGUGUGUGAAAGGGCGUUGAUGUUGAAGUAAAUUUAGAACAAUUUAUUGGUGCCGCACCGAGGGCAACAACGGUAGUGCUGGUCGCGAAUGAUACCAUCAGCCAACGACAACGGUGGUGCCGGAGCGGGUGCUGAAUGGCGGCGGUGAGGCGUUGUAUCGGGUCACCACUUUGGAGGUUCGUUGAUUGAUUGAGCGAGCGAGUGUGCAUGUGUUUUGUUGUUGUUGGUGUUUGUGGGCGUGUGUUUAAGUGUACAAUAACCUCAGAGACUCAUCCGAGGUUCACCAGCAACAACGGAAAGGGAAGUUCGGAAUCGAAACAAACGUCCAACACCAUCCAUCAAGAUGACCACAUCGAACGGUGAGCUGCUCGGUUUGGCCUUCAUGGCGUUCUUCAUCAUCACGCUGUCGUCGACGGCGCGCUACUACUUCAAGUUCUUCUGCUUCAUCGCGUUUUCCGUGGUGUGUGCGGUCGGUCCAGUGCCGCUCAUGUUGUUCCGGCCGCGUGACUACCGGAACGCACUAAUUCCAGCGUACUUAUGUAUCGGGUUUGGCAAGAUGCUCGGGGCAUCGUUUACGGUGCGCGGCAAGGAAAACAUUAACCGAAACCAUGGCGGUAUCGUGCUGAUGAAUCACCAAAGUGCACUGGAUUUGAUUGUCCUGGCCGAGCUGUGGCCCAUCAUGGGCCGGUCGACGGUGGUCGCGAAGAAGGAGGUCCUGUACAUGUUCCCGUUCGGGUUGGCCUGCUGGCUCUGGGGAACGCUGUUUAUCGACCGUCAGAACCGUGACUCAGCCAAGAGCGUCAUCAACAAGGAAGCGAAAGCGAUCAAUGAGAAACAGGCAAAGCUGCUCUUCUUCCCCGAGGGUACGCGCGGCAACGGUGACAAGCUGCUGCCAUUCAAGAAGGGAUGCUUCCACGUUGCCGUCGAAUCGCAAGCCUUCAUUCAACCGGUGGUCAUUUCGAAGUACCAUUUUUUGAAAUCCAAAGCAAAGAUCUUCAACCGAGGGCAAAAUAUCAUCAAAAUUCUACCGGAAGUGUCCUGCGCGGGUCUUUCCAAGGACGACAUUCCAGCGCUGAUGGAGCGGGUACAGAAGAUGAUGCAGCGGGAGUACGAACAGCUGUCGGAGGAGUCCCUUUCGAUUAACAAUAUUAGUGAGGUGCAUUAGACUCAGCGAUUGGCGAUGGGCCUCCUCAGGCUCUGUAAACGUGCAAUACAAAACAAUUGACCUGGGCAAGGAAUGUUUUAGGGGUUUAUGAAAAGAAAUCAAAAGCAGAAAAGACAGAGAGGUAUGCUGCCACCAAGUGCUUUUUCUCAUAUAUGGGAAGAAGUAGACAGGUUCACCAAUAUCAUCAUCAUCGCCUUAUCGCUAACGGAUAGACAGUAUAAAACAAACCUCCUCAUUGAA